AUGAUGAGUGGAAAUGCAAGAUCGGCAGGGGAGGCCUUCUGCAAUGGGAUCGUUCGACGAAUGGUGAGCCUCCCUAGAACCCUUUUAGGAGGUUUUUCAAGAGUAAUUAACAAUCCCAGAAGAAACCAACACAUACCUUCUAGUUUUCCUAUGCCAUAUCCACCAGAGCCAGUACCUAUUCAAGAUGAGUGGGCUUUUCUAGCCAGUUUUGAGGGGCAGUUUGGUACAUUGCAUCCUUUCUUCUAUGCUUGUCGAUUCGUUGAGGCUCUUAGGAUAGCUGAGGAGGAGCACAAGUUCGUGUUCCUGUACCUUCACUCACCGGAUCACCCCUUCGCGACGUCCUUCUGUGGGGAGACAUUGUGUUCAGAGGUUGUGGUGCAGUUUCUUGAUGCAAAUUUUGUUUGUUGGGGUGGACUUGCUAAUGGGGGUGAGGGUUUGUUCAUGGCAAAUACAUUGCGGCCUCCUAGCUUCCCUUUUUGUGCGGUUGUGGCCCCUGCUCCUGGUGAUAAUUUAGCUGUGCUGAAACAGAUAGAGGGUCCAGUUUCGCCCGCUGAAUUGUUGGAGAUCCUGCAAAAGACAAUGGAGGAGCAAGGACUGGCUUUCGGUAGUGCACGAGCCAAGGAAGAAGAAAAGAGAAGGGCAAAUCAGCGGUUGAGAGAAGAACAGGAUGCAGCAUAUUUUGCGGCACUACAUAUAGAUCAGGAAAAAGAGAGACUCAAGAACUCACAUUCACUACAAAGAGUUCACAAACAAGUAGACAGUCAGAAGCAUAAACAGAAUCCAACACAAAACCAGGCUAGUAAAGUGAAAGAAGCAACUACCAGCAGAGAAACUCAAGCGACAAAUAUAUCAAGUAAAGGAAAUGGAGCUCAGGUCACCAAGAUACUGAUACGGUUUCCAAACGGGGAAAGAAGAGAGCAAAGCUUUGUGUCCACGGACAAGAUUCAGGUGAUUUAUCGGUUUAUUGAUUCACUGGGGUUGCCUGGAAUUGGGAACUACAGAUUGAUUUCAAGCUUCCCAAGAAAAGUCUAUGGUGUUGAUCAGAUGGGAAUGACACUCAAAGAUGCCGGUCUUCAUCCGCAAGCAAGUCUAUUCUUAGAAGUUCUGUAACAUUAGUUUGCACUAUGAACUUAAUAGCUUACAUAGUUCAUGAAUUUACAUGGUGAAAGAGGUGCUACCUUAUAGGACCAUACGCCCGACUUCGAGUCUUGUCUAUGCAAUCUGAAGCUUUUCCCUCAACCUAUUCCAGUUAUGUUUGUAUCGGUAAUAGAAGAAACUGUAUCGAACGUAUUGAUGCUCGUGUUUUCGCAAUUUUAGGAAUGCUUGUUUCACUGUU